GGUUCACUAUUUUGUAUUACACAUCCCUUUUUCGUUCGUAGCAGUUCAAAAUUAUAACAUUUACUCAGUUAAUUUCUUCCGAAAUGAGUGGAAUUUUGUUAAAAUGUCUGCCCAGAAAGCAGAUGCUCCAUCAAUCACUACUCUUUGCGAGGGGAAUGGCCAAGAAGAAGGACCAAAACCAAGACACCGAAAAGGGCAAGAAGACCUGUGCUAAGGAUCAGUUCUUUGGCGGCUGCUUUAAGAAGUCUGAGCCCUUUAGGAGGGAGAACAAGAAGCAAAAGAGCAAACGCUGUCGGGAUCCCUGCAAAGAUGGACCUUGUCGCCCCGAGAAGUGAAAACUGCAAUUACAAUUCCCGUCACUCCAGCCUCGUUUAGUUUCCAUUUCCGAAGAAAAUUCCCCACAGGCAAUGGCCGCGUUGAAAAGAAUAUGCCAAUACUGAUUUCUCCAGAAAAAUUCAGCUGGCUCUUUUAUACGGAAAGUAAUGAAGUGACUUGAAUUAAGCUUAGCCCUUUAUUGCGCACUGUUUUCAUAGGAAGAGAAGUUAAAACCUUUUAAAUAUUCUCUGUGAAACUAACCCUAAGUUGGAAUCAAAUCGUGACACAAAGAUAAAUGCGACUUUCGAAAAUUC